GCUCAUUACUAUGGACACUUCAUCAGCGAAUUGCGACUUGCGACAACUGCGUGCACCGUUGGACGAAUUGCUGAAGAAGAAUGUUCCGUUCAAAUGGUCGUCGAGUGCCGAGACGCUUUCCAACGCGCCAAGGAUGUACUAGCCUCGGACCUACUGUUCACCCACUAUGAUCCCACAAAGGAGAUCGUCAUUGCGGCCGACGCAUCGGAGUACGGGCUAGGAGCAGUCAUCAGCCACCGUCUCUCGGAGGGAGCGGAAAAAGCGAUUCACAAACGCCAGCCCAAACAGCUGCUGAGAAAAAUUACGGUCAAGAUACGGACAAAGCUGAGCCUUCUACAUAAAGAAAUUUGCGAUCACAAACUACAACACCUGGAACCGAAAAAUGGAGGAACAAUACAAUCGUCAUCACGGCGCCAGACAAAAAUUCAAUAUUGGAGACUCCGUGUGGGCCAAGGACCAUCGUUCCGGAGCACCGAAACAAGCGCCUGGUGA